UGCCGGGGGGAGGGGAAGAAGAGAAGAAAGGUGAAGACUUGAGACAGCGGCGGGUCAAGAUUGAACUUCUAUGGUUCUAUGUAUUCCAUUUUUAUGCCCCUAACCCAAAAUGAAAAUAUAUAUCCAAAUCCAAAUCCAAAUCCAGAAUGAAUUCAUCCAAUAAAACCCAAUCCAAUCCAUGGCGGCUUGACUUUGACAACACCGACGCCCAUUCCAUGACCAUUUGCCUUCCCACCUCUUUCUCUUCUCUAUUCAAUUCCCUAGCCAGCUUCAACGCACACCAAACUCCCACUUGCUUUCCGACUCAUCCUAUAAAGUCCAACCCACCUUCUCCACUCCCCCUUCAUGCCCCCCUCUCCCCAACCCUCUCUCUCUUGCUGGUUUCCCUGCACAUUCCCCUUCAAGACCCAGUUCUAUCUACAUAUCCUUGUUUUCUUUGUUUGGUUCUUCCAUUGGUUCACCGUGGGUUGAGUUCUAACGACUAAGGGAAGAAGGGAAGCCUGCAGGUUGUAUACAUACAUAUACACACAACUCAGAAGCAGUGUGGUGUACUUGGAAUUUGAGUUUGAAGAUUAGACAUACAGCUAGCUAGCUGCCAUGGAUUAUUCUUGUUUGGACAGUUCUCUGGAUCUCAAUCUUAAUCCUCUCCGAGCCCUCGAGGAAACUCCGAAUAAUGAAGAGAUUCAGAACAAGUUUAUUGAUUUGGGAAGGAAUCUCUCCGUCAAGGAAGAGACGGGGGUUUUGUUGGAGGAACUGAACCGGGUGAGUGCCGAAAAUAAGAAGCUAACCCAAAUGUUAGCGGUGACGUGUGAGAACUACAAUGCUUUGAGGAACCAUUUGAUGAAUUACAUGAGCAAGAAUGGCGAUCAUAGUGAGUCGACACCGCCGGUGAAGAAAAGAAAGGCUGAAAGCAGCAACAACAAUAGCAAUAUCAAUAAACCAAUUAAUGGGAAUUCUGAUCAGAGCAGCUCUAGUGAUGAAGAUUCCUGCAGCAAGAAACCAAAGGAAGAACACAUCAAGGCGAAAAUCUCGAAGCUCUUGGUUCGAACCGAGGCGUCCGAUACGAGCCUUGUAGUAAAGGAUGGAUAUCAAUGGAGGAAGUAUGGCCAAAAGGUCACCAGAGACAACCCUUGUCCCAGAGCUUACUUCAAAUGCUCUUUUGCACCUGGCUGCCCUGUCAAAAAGAAGGUGCAAAGAAGUGUUGAAGAUCAAGCUGUACUGGUUGCAACUUAUGAAGGAGAGCACAACCAUCCAAACCCAUCUCGGCUCGAGGCAACAUCGGCUUCAAACCGGUGCGUGACGAUCGGUUCGGUCCCUUGCUCCACAUCACUCACGUCAUCUGGGCCAACAAUUACGCUUGACUUGACAACGCCCAAGUCCGGCGGCGAAGCCAAGAACCCAAACCCGCGGAUGGAUUCGCCGGAAUUUCAACAGUUUUUGGUAGAGCAGAUGGCCAACUCCUUGACAAAAGAUCCCAGUUUCACAGCAGCACUUGCAGCAGCGAUUUCAGGGAAAAUACAAGCACAAAAGCCCACUGAUAAAUGGUGAUCAAGAUGGAGCAGAGUAGGAAAAAUUUUAGUACACUGCAUUUGACUGCAUGGAGAUUGAUGUAAAUACAUACGCCGUUGACAGGGAAAUUAAAGUUCAACGAAAUGAAACGGUUGGUUUUUGAAUUCCUUCGUUUGGGUGGAAUUGUAUCAUCAUCAAGAUCAACAGUGCUUGUUUGAAUUUGGUUCUUCAGUUGAAUGGGACAGCAUCAUGCAAGCUAUGACUUCAUGCUUAGCAGCUUGAAUCUGACCCAGACCAAUAUAGCCGUACUGAAGAAUUGGUCGGCUAGGAUUGAAACUUGUUGACGGGGUUAAUGACAUAUGAGCACCAAAAAGAAAUGAUAUCGGUUUGUUUCAAGAAAAUGGGAAAUAAAUUUUCUACUUUCUAUAAUGUUUGGGCAUCCGGGGUUGAAAAGAAAAAAAAAAGGUACAAGUCUUUUCUUCUUUUUCUAUCAUAGAGGGAAAAUAUCUUCCAUUAAGAGAAGAUUUAACUACGAACUUGCCCUUGUCUGCGUGUGGGUGUGUGUGUAUAUGGGUAUUCUAUGGUAUCGUAUCCCUUUGGAAGUGUUUGUACAUAGACAUCUCUUUACCAUAUAUUGGAUUUUGAGUACAGAAAUUGUCAA